ACUACAAAUUUAUUGAUAUAGAAAAAUAUACAUAUAUACUAUAUAUCCCCGAAAAAAAUCUAAAAGAUUGCAAAGCCAUUUGAAAAGUGAAACUUAAGCAAAAAAGUGUGUUAACAAGGUGAAGCACUUGAAUUAACAACAAGUUAUUAAUCUACAAGACACUCCCCAACAUCUAUAUACUAAAUAUUAAAAACAAGCACAGAGCUAAGUUGCACAAUGAAGAAGCUGUCAUUAAAUAUGUGUUCCCGCAAAAUAAAGAUCUCGGUGAUGCUGUUUCUUGUCCUUAUACCCAUCUUCACAGCUUUACCACAUAAUCACAAUCUAUCAAAACGCAGCAAUUUCUUUGACUUGGAGUGCAAGGGUAUUUUCAACAAGACCAUGUUCUUUCGUCUGGAUCGCAUUUGUGAGGAUUGCUAUCAGUUGUUCCGGGAGACGAGUAUACAUCGAUUAUGCAAGAAAGACUGCUUUGAUUCAAAAUGGUUUGGCGAAUGCCUUAAAGUGCUGUUAAUUCCACCGGAAGAAAUAACGAACUUGCAGCAUUUUUUAAGAGUAGUGAAUGGUUCGCCCAUAACGUUCAAUAUGUCACCGGUUCAAACAUAACUUUAAGUCAGCCCCCAAGUCAACACCCACAGCACAGCACACCACCCAAUCAACCACCCAUAUAUAUACCCAAAAAACAAGCCACACAACCAUAAGAGUGGAGAAAUCCAAGACACAUUACACCGAACCCGAUCCGAGACAACAUCAGAAAGUGACGAAAGUGAAGCAGAAAAAUUAAAUAUACAACGCCCAAAUUUAAUUCGUACUUAUUUAUUACUAUAUAUGUUUUUUAAAAAAAUCAAUUAUUUUUUAAUUAAUUUAUUUAAACAAAAACAAAAAACAAACAAAGCAAAACGUUAUGCAUGAAAAGUGAGAAAAGAAGAUGAUGUUAGGGGAUACCGAAAGCCGAAGUAUUUAUUUAAUAAGUAUUCUUAGCUUGUUUUACUUUUAUUAUUGU